ACCUAUAUGACUCGCAGUAACUUUUAAUUAAAGACGGGCUGUAACUUAAUUAAUAGUUGCUGAUGAUGACUCUCAUUGUGGUUUAAUGGCCCGCGCACUCCAGAGAAUACCACUGUGCCUCUAUUUCAAGAUCUAUAAUAUUGCCGCACGGUUGAUUCUGUUCAACCAAUGCUACGUAAGAUGAGGUAUAACAUUCUAUAUAUUCACCACUCCAUGCCAGUAUUGCACUGACUUGUGCCAAGGAGUACGUCGAAGAAAACUUGACGUUAGCUUUUGCGACACUACAGAAGCUUGUUGGAAGACUGAAGUUUGAGCCACAUCUUUUCUCACUGGAACUCAAAAUGGCAACUUUUUGGAAAACUGUUUCUUGUGGCUUGUCAAUCAUGUCAGUUUUUCUCCUCGGAAACUUGCAUUCGAUUGUAUGCUCUGGCAACAAGGAGAAACUAUGUCCAGAUGGUUGGAUGUAUUGGGGAGGCUCCUGUUAUCUUGAAUUGUCUGGAUACAUGACAUGGUUUGCAGCAGAAACAGCUUGCAAGAACCACGGGGCGCUGAUUGUUGUACCAGAAUCUCCAGAGGAGAACUCCUUCUUGCGGGGGUUAGAGAUCUAUGGCAUCUGGAUGGGCUGUUCUGAUACUGAAAAGGAGGGGCAAUGGGUGUGUCUGGAAGGGUGUGGCUUCAUGGACUGGGCAGGGCAAAAUCCAGACAACUGGGGAGGCAACCAGGACUGUGCAACUAUGGUGGGCGAAUGGCAGAAUCAGUGGGAUGACCGUCAUUGCGAUUCAUCCUACAGUGUGGUCUGCAAGAAGCCUGUCGAUGACACCAAGUCCGAGCCACAGUGCGCUGAUCACACCUACUGCUUUGUGAUGGGUGAAGACGGACGUCCGAUAACUGACCACUGCUUGUCUGGCUACACCCUCAAGGAGAUGAAGAUCGCCACCGCCGGUCAGUGCGGUCAAGCGUGCAUCCAAGAGCCUUGCUGCCGUUCCUUCAACGUACGUCAGAACGCGACAUCGCACCAGAAGACGUGCCAGCUCAACUACGCCACCCGGGCACAGGUAAAUAGCGACAGAUUCAUCCUGACCAAAAACUGCAUGUACUUUGAAACACCCUGUUAAACAGUACUUGCUUUGUAAACAUGGACCAAGAACGCAAAUUUACAAAAUAAAAAAAAUGACAAAGUCAUCUCACUAAGAACUUAUCUCACAAACCCUAAGGAAUGUUCUGGAGAAAACUAUUUAAAAGAAAUGUUAAAACGGAAAUUUCGGUGUGCUACAGAAACUGCACCUUAUUUGAAACAAAACUUCAGAAAGGCUG